AUGACAGUAAAUGAUUGUCAUGGUGAAGUGAUUGUAAAGCGUGCAUUUCAGAGAUAUCUCUACCAACAACUAAGCCUUUGUUUGAAAAUUGCCACGAAUGAUUCUAUAUUUCAACUGGCACCUUCAUCUGGAAAGUGUACAGGGAAGUCUCCUCUCUCUCUUGUUAAGCCUAUUUUCUUUAAGUCAAUUGUUGUAGGCAAAAAUUACAACUAUGAACAUAUGGCAAGAGCUAUGUAUGUUCGUGUUGAAGCUGUUCAAGAAAAUGAAGCCUUUCCAGAAUCAUACAGGGCAUCAGCACCUUUGGUUGGGAAAGCAAACACUUCUACAUAUGAACAAGCUAAGCAAAGUUCAUCAUAUUCUUUGAACUGGUGGGAAGGUGUAAUGCUGGAAGUGAUUGAUACCUCUAUUGGUUGUGCUCAAGGAUUAGCUAGUGAGUAUCAGUCUGUCAAACAAAUACUUCGCAGACACUACAGUGACUAUUUAGGUCCAUGGAUUCAGACAAGAUCUAGAGGGCAAAAUGACUUCACAAUAAAUCAAUGA